AUGGCGCAGCCGCCGCCGGGCAGCCAGGACGACCUGGGCCAGCAACACGGCUCACAGCACGCCGUCGACGCGAGUGAAACGGCGAGAGACAGCACCACAAUCUCGUCGUCGUCCAGCACAAAACACGAAGAACAGCCCGACAUAAAAAGCAACGCACGAUCCGGUCUCGUGGACGAAGAAAAGGGCCAGCCAGCAGCGGGCGAAGACGGCGAAGACGACGAGACGGGCAAUGGACCGGCAUUGCGAGGCAACAACGACGGCAUCGUGGGCGGUGCUGCCCCGGACGGGCACGGCAGCGGAAAGCAGCCCGAGGACGGCGUGCAGGGCGGCCUGCUGGCGCGCGUCCGGAGCCGCGCCAGCACGACGCGGUCCAAGCACUUCGACCCGGGCCCGCCCCCCGACGGCGGCGUCCAGGCCUGGGUCGCCGUCGCCUGCACGCACCUGGUCAUCAUGGACACGUGGGGCGUCAUCAACUCGUUUGGCUCGUUCCAGACGUACUACACGCAGCUGCUCGGCCGCGCGCCCUCGGACAUUGCCUGGAUCGGCUCGUUCCAGAUCUUCUUGCUCUUCUUCAUCGGCACCUUCACGGGCCGCCUCACGGACGCCGGCUACUUCAAGCACCUGCUGGUCGCCGGUACCGUCCUGCAGCUCGUCGGCAUCUUUGCGACCGCGCAGGCCACGCAGUACUGGCAGAUCUUUCUGUCGCAGGGCGUCGUCAUGGGCCUCGGCAACGGCUGCAUCUUCUGCCCCUCGCUCGCCACCGUCAGCACCUACUUUAGCACCCGGCGCGCGCUCGCCCUCGGCCUCGCCGCCGCCGGCAGCGCCACCGGCGGCCUCGUCUUCCCCUCCAUUGUCCGCCAGCUGCUGCCGUCCGUCGGCUUUCCCUGGACCAUGCGCGUCAUCGGCUUCGUCCAGCUGGCCACCCUGGCCGUCGCCUGUGUCGGCCUGCGCACGCGUCUGCCGCCGCGCCGCGCCGGCCGCCUCGUCGAGUGGUCCGCCUUCCGCGAGCCCGAGUACGCCUUUUACGCCGCCGGCAGCUUCUUUUGCUUCUGGUCCAUCUACAUCGCCUUCUUCUACAUCGCCUCCUACUCCCGCGACAUCAUCGGCUUGGCCUACAUCGACUCCCUCAACCUGCUCCUCGUCAUCAACGGCGUCGGCGCCAUCGGCCGCCUCCUCCCCAACUACAUCGCCGACCGCGUCGGCGCCAUCAACAUGUACGCCGUCUUCGCCCUGUACGCCGCCGUCGCCGGCUUCUCCUGGAUCGCCGUCCACAACACCGUCGGCCUCUACGUCUGGAGCGUCGUCUACGGCAUCGCCGCCGGCGGCAUCCAGUCCCUCUUCCCCGCGGGCCUGACCAGCCUCAACACGCGCGACCUCUCCAAGUCCGGCGUCCGCAUCGGCAUGGUCUUCACCAUCAACAGCAUCGCCACCCUGACCGGCCCGCCCAUUGCCGGCGCCCUCAUCACCGCCGACAACGGACGCUACCUGGGCGCGCAGCUCUUUACGGGCGUUGUGCUGCUGAUCGGCAUGUGCUUCAUCGUGUGUGCCAAAGUGUCGCUGGGCCGGAGCACGGGUCUCGGCUGGCGGGCCAGGGUAUAA